AUGGAAGCACUUGACUGUUCACUUCUAUCGGUGAAUGUGCGCGUUUGGCGGUUUUGGUCGUUUGUGCUGGUGCACAACUGGAGACGCUACAUCAGCAUCAUUCCGGUGACGGUGCUCAAUGUGUUCAUGUUUGUCGAUCUGUACCGUGCGUGGGGCAACAUCGAGGAGGUCAUUAUUAAUGCUUAUUUUGCGGUACUCUAUUUCAACGCUGUGCUGAGAACGCUCAUCCUUGUUUAUAAUCGGAAGAAAUAUGAAUGCUUUCUGGCCGAAGCAGCCAGGAUUUACAAAGAAAUUCAGAUCCACAAAGAUGAAACAAUCGCCAAGAUAAUCAACACGUACACCAUGCGAGCUCGUGGCAUUUCGAUUGCUAACCUAAUGCUUGGAGCUUUUAUUAGCAGUUGUUUUGUAGUGUACCCGCUUUUUACCAGACAACGAAGACUUCCCUACGGCAUGUUCAUACCGGGCAUAAACAUCUUUCACUCGCCGCUGUACGAAAUUUCGUACAUCGCACAAGCAGUUCUUACCUUUCCUGGGUGUUGUAUGCAUAUUCCCUAUACUAGUUUCUUUGCAACAAGUACACUGCUAGGAAUGAUACAGAUUAAAACGCUUCAAUAUCGGCUCAGAAACUUCAAAUCGAUACUUUCGGAUAGAGGUGAUACGGAUUUGAAACGGAAGCUCCAUAAGCUGAUUCAAGAUCAUCUACGCAUUAUUCGGUUUGUGAAAAACAUUAACGAUCUUGUGACUUAUAUCUGUCUGAUAGAGUUCCUGUUAUUUGGAUUAAUAUUGUGUGCACUACUGUUUCUACUAAAUGUCAUAAACAACAUGGCACAAGUAAUGAUUGUAGUAGCUUACAUAUUCACAAUGCUUGCACAAUUAUUAGCCUUCUAUUGGCAUUCAAACGAGAUACGUGAAGAAAGUAUGAAAAUCGCCGAAGCAGCGUACAGUGGCCCUUGGCUGGAUGUGGAAAAUUCCAUCAAAAAGAAGCUUCUUCUCAUCAUGAUGCGUGCUCAGAGACCGCUGGAGAUAACUGUUGGUAAUCUUUAUCCAAUGACGCUGCAAAUGUUUCAAUCACUACUGAAUGCAUCCUAUUCGUAUUUUACUAUUUUGCGAAAAGUGUACAGUUAA